AUGAUCAGGUUUGAAGUAGAAGUGAGCUCUACUGAAUCUACAGAGUGUGGAAAAUUACCAGAAGUUAAAUGUGAGAUACCAGAAAUCCUCAAAACCACAGAGGAAACUCUCAAAGAGGUUAAAGAUCUCAGUGUCCAAGACAAGAAGGUUCAAGUGUUGAAACAAGAAAUUCAAGAUGCUCCCAAGAGUCUGGAAACUGAAUCUGUUAACAAGGGAGAAAUCCACAUGACUCAAGAUAAACCUAAAACUGUCACAACAGAAAAGGAGCCAAAGAUGGAAUCAAGGAUCCAGUUUGAGACAGUUAAAGAAAGCAAAGAUGUGACGACCACAGAUGGUCAGCCUGACCAGUCUUCAGUAGGAAUGAUCAGGUUUGAAGUAGAAGUGAGCUCUACUGAAUCUACAGAGUGUGAAAAAUUACCAGAAGUUAAAGAUGAGAAACCAGAAAUCCUCAAAACCACAAGGGAAAGUCCCAAAGAGGUCAAAGAUCUUGGUGUCCAAGACAAGAAGGUUCAAGUGCUUAAAAAACAAGAAAUGCCAGAAGCACCCAAGAGCCAGGAAACAGAAUCAGUGAAGAAGGAAAUCAGUGUCACUGAACUUGAACCUAAAACUGUCACAACAGAAAAGGUGGCAAAGAUGGAAUCAAGGAUCCAGUUUGAGACAAUUAAAGAAAACAAGUAUGUGACAACUACAGAUGUUCAGCCUGACCCGUCUAAAGUUAGGAUGAUCAGGUUUGAAGUAGAAGUGAGUUCUACUGAAUCUCCAGAGUGUGAAAAAUUACUAGAAGUUAAAGAUGAGAAACCAGAAAUCCUCAAAACAACAGGAGAAAGUUCCAAAGAGGUCAAGGAUCCUGGUCAGACAGAAACUGUAGAAGUAAGUUUGUCUGAACAAGACAAAGUUAAACCAAGUCAAACUGAUACUCAGCCAGAAAUCCUCACAACUACACAAGAAAGUCUCAAAGAGAUCAAGGAUCCUGGUGUCAAAGACAAGAAGGUUCAAGUGUUGAAACAAGAAAUGCAAGAUGCCCCCAAGAGUCUGGAAACUGAAUCUGUUAACAAGGGAGAAAUCCACAUGACUCAAGAUAAACCUAAAACUGUCACAACAGAAAAGGUGGCAAAGAUGGAAUCAAGGAUCCAGUUUGAGACAGUUAAAGAAAGCAAGGAUGUGACGACCACAGAUGGUCAGCCUGACCAGUCUACAGUUAGGAUGAUCAGGUUUGAAGUAGAAGUGAGCUCUACUGAAUCUCCAGAGUGUGAAAAAUUACCGGAAGUUAAAGAUGAAAAACCAGAAAUCCUCAAAACCACAGGAGAAAGUCCUAAAGAGGUCAAAGAUCCUGGUGUCCAAGACAAGAAGGUUCAAGUGUUGAAACAAGACAUGCAUGAUGUACCAAAGAGCCAGGAAACAGAAUCUGUGAAAAAGAAUGAAUUAAAAGUGAUUGAACAUGAACCAAAAGUUGUCACAACAGAAAAGGAACAAGGGAUGAAAUCAAGUGUCCAGUUUGAGACAGUUAAAGAAAGCAAAGAUGUGACGACCACAGAUGUUCAGCCUGACCAGUCUACAGUUAGGAUGAUCAGGUUUGAAGAAGAAGUGAGAUCUACUGAAUCUCCAUCUGGACUCCAUCUAGAACCAGAGGAGAAGAGAGUGAUUCAGCAACAACAAAGUGAAACAAUGGUCAAAGCAGAGAUACAAAAUGUUCAACUCCCAAAAUCCUCAGCUGCCACCACUGGUGAGGUCUGGCUUCAUGGCCUUGGUUUACCUAAGGAACAACUACACCCUGCUGAAAAGAUAUCACCAGCUCAGAAACCGUCAGCGCACGUUAGCCUGGAGGAAGUACCCAGGAAGGAAGGAUUAGCUGCUCUGGGAAACAAAGAAGAAGAAGAACAUGCUGUGAAGAAACUAGGUGUGGAGUCGACAGAAAGCUCCGGCAUCAGGAGAAUCUUCACAGAAAUGCAGCUUCUCGCAGGAACAGGACCCAGCAGUGAAAUCACUGAGGUUAAAUCACACGAUGAUAUUCCAGAGACUCUGAUUACAUCCACCAGUGACAUGGAUGAGCACGUAAACAGACUGGUGUCUAAAAUCUUGAGCUGCAAGAAUCGCCCAGCCGAGCUAAACCCAGCAGCCAUGGCCCGACAGGUGGAGGAGGCUCAGCAGUGCAGAGAGUCCGCCCAGGCACAGGGGUCGUUACUGUCCCAGCAGAGAGGAGCUGACGCCGAGGGCAGAGCCUCGCUGGAGCACCUGGAGGAUCAGUGGAGAGCUGCAGCUCAGGAUGCAGCUGCCAUCAUCCAGAGCAAAGAGGCCCAGCUGGAGCUUGUGAUGGAUUAUGGCCGACAGAUGCAAACAGCCCAGACCACAGUGGAGAGACAGAGCGCAGAACUGGACGCUGUGGAAACAUCCCAGGAACAGAGCAGCUCCACGGAGGCAGAGCAUCUAUGCUCGUUACAGAGACGUAUGGAGGACAGCAGAACGGUACUCGGGGAGUUGCUUGUGACCUUCACCAAGUUGUGCCCCCACCUCAGCCAGUCUGAGCGAUCAAACGCACAGAAGGAGCAGAGGAACCUACACGAGAGGUGGAGAGGCCUGGAGAGAUCUGUGGAGAGAAGACUUCUUCACACAAAGGUCCAUUCUCACCAGACCAGCAGCCUUCAGUCAGAGAUAUCAAACCUCCGGGAGCAUUUGGAAACAAUCGACAAAGACCUCGAGGCCAAGUCUCCUGCGGUCACUCAGUGGAAUUGCAAGAAGGCUCAGCAGCUGAUGGAAGCCAAUGCCGAGGUUAAAGCCACCAAGCAGAAGUUCCUCUAUUUGCAGAUGCUUUCAGAGGCACUAAUGCUCAGCUCGCGAUGGGAGAAGGAAACUAAAGAAAUACAACAAGGGCUCCAGAUGAUAAAGGAAAAACUCAGCCACACAGAAGAACUAGUGACCAGGCAAACCCAGAGCAGCAGCAACCCCACCAUGGAGAAAAUCAUCAUGGUGAUGAGGGACGGCCUGGCGUGGGCAAAGCAGACAGAGGGUGAUAUCGAGGGAAGGAGGAAGAGGGUGGCUCUCCUUCCUGAAGAGGUUCACCGGCAGCUCAGAGAUCUGAAGAAGCUGCAGUCGGAGGUGAUGAGCAAACAAGGCCAACUGGAGUCACUUGUGGAGGAGGUGACAGAGCUCCUUCCACAGCUGGAUCAGGCAGAGGAGGUGCCCGUGGUUCGCACUUCACUGCAAUCCCUUCAGAAACUCUCACGCUCCACCACUGAUAAGUUAGCCAACGCUGUGAGAGAGAUAGAGUCAGGACUGCAGACGAGAGAAAAGAUGUCCGAGCAGAUUGCUGACCUAGAUUCCUGGGUUGUGGCUCACCUGCACAGAGAAGCCUCCAGGAAUGAAGACGGUGAGUUGAGAAGCCCAACUGAGCUUGAUCGCAGAGUUCGUCAGCUGCAGGAGACUCUGGCUGAGGCUGAUAAACAGUCCGCCGUCUGUGAGGCGCUGUUAAUGAAGAGUAAAGACAUUUCCUCUGAACUCAGCAUCUCCGAGAAAUGUCAGCUCUUUGAAAAGCUAACUAACCUCCAGGACGACAUUAGAGCCAUUAGUAGCUAUGAAAAGGUCAACAAGAAGGAGCUGGAUGAAGUCGUCCAAACUGGGGAGUCCAACAAGACAAAUCUGGUCACCAUUGAAAAAAGCCUGAGGGAGAUGUUGAUGGAUCUCAGCAGACACAGGUUUCCCAUCACAAGUGAGUCCCUGCAACCUUAUGAGUCUUUUAAACACAUGAUUCUGGAGCAUAAAUCUCAGGUUGACCAUCUGCAGCCCUGGAUUCCCCAGGAAAAGACAAGAGAACUCUAUUCGACCAUUUCUGAAAUUUACAGCAAAUUGAUGAACCUGGAAACCAAAGCCAGGGAUCAUGAGAAGUACCUGAGCAUGAGGCAGCGAGUGGAGGACCUCAGGGAGGACGUUCGGGAGCAGAUCCAUCAGACUAAAGACAACAGCAAACAGCUGGAGGACAAGUACAGAAUCUGUCAGACCCUCAUUGUCCAGAUUCCGCUGAUAAGGUGGUUGUGUGAGGAGGCUCGCUCUGAACUCCAGACGAUCUCCACUGACCUUUACCCCUCUCAGCUGAGCACAGAACAGCAGAGGCUCAAACAAAGCGAUGACAGCCUGGAUAUGUGGCAGAUUACGCUCUACAACAACCUCAGCAUCAUCGAGUGGAACCUGCUGAAGGAACUGGACCUGGAAUCGGUGCAGAAGGAGACCGAGGCUUUUCUCUCAAAGAACCAGCAGGAGCUUGGGAAAGUCACCGUGCUGGAGCCAAAUGAAACAGCCAUCGACAAAGAAUACCAGAGAAUCAUGUGUUUGAAAAAGACAGUCGAGUUCAGAAUGAGAGCGUUGGAGAUUCUCGAGCAGGAGAAGGGAAAAAGAAAAGAAAGCAAUUCCCAGUUUUCGGUCUUGAAGAAAUCAGUCCUGAGUGAAUGUGACUCAAAAAUGGAAAACCUCCUCCAGGCCAGGGAGUCUUUGAGGGGUUACACCUGUGCUGUGAAACAAGCGGUGCAGUUCCUGAGGGACAUCGAGCUGCGUCUGCUGCCACCGUGGGGCUCUGUCGGGCCCUGCACUGAAAGGCUGGAGGACACCCAGAAGGCUUUGGUGUCCCUGCAGCAGCAGUUCCAGACUAACGUGGAGAAGCUCCAGAGACAGUUUGCUCUGCAUCCUUACCUGUCGCCUCAGAAGACCGAGCAGCUCCAGGAGAACAUCCUGAGCCAGCUCCUGGUGAGGAUGUCCACGCUCCAGGCAAAGGGCCACGUCCAACUGGAGAGUCUCAGCAGGUGUGCGGAACAUCACAGAUCUUUCAUCAGUUCCCAGGAUGAAAUCCUCCAGAGGGUGAAGGGUGCAGAAAGCAGCUUGUUGCAGUUUGUGUCUCAGAAACCAACCUGUCUCACUGACUGCGUGGAACAGGAGGAAAAGCUCAGAAUUCUGUCAGAGUUGGUGGAGAUGCAGCUGACGCUUGUGGAGCGGCUGAACGUGUGGUGCCAAGAGCAGAACUGCCGCGGAGUCAGGGAGGCCACGGUCACCGACGUCUCGAAACGGGUAUCGAGACUCCGGCACUGCACUCGGCAGCUCGCAACUCGCAGCAAACAGAGGAUCGCAGAGUGGAGCGAUAUCACCGACAGUGUGGAGAAGGCCUCUACCGUCCUGGAGCAGGUGGAGGCGGAGCUUCCUGACAGCUCACAGGCGAAGGCGUCCACUGAGGAGCUCCAUGACGUGCUGCAGUCCUGGGAGCAGUACCAGGACAGACUGGACUGUGAGCACCGGUCCCUGUCGGCGCUGGAGCUGCGUGCAGCAAGGAUGCUGGGUGUCCCUGCCCACCUGGAGCAGGCCCCUCCCACGCCGCUCUGUCAGCAGCUGCAGGCGAUGCAGGCCCGAUACGGCAGUGUGAAGCUGAGGAGCAAGGAGGGUUUGGACGCUUCCAGGCUGGAGCUGCAGGAGAGGGAGAAGGUGUGGAAGGACCUGCAGGGCGUCCGGGUUUGGCUGGAGGCUGCAGACCGUCUUCUGUCAGAGAUGGAGAAGAGCAGCAGCACACAGGAGCUACAGGACGUCCACGGCCAGCUGUAUACCCAGAAGGCUUUGCUGCAGCGCAUCAUGGAGAGCCUGAAAAUGAAAUACUCCGACAUGUACACGUUGGUCCCAGUCGAGAUCGAGGGCCAACUGCAGGAGGUGAAUCGAUCCCUGCAGCAAGUGGAAGUAAAGGUGGGAGAAGCCGCGGAGCGGAGCGGUCCCGUCCACAUACUCGGAGCAAAGCUGUCAGAGAUCCAGGCUGGUCUGAAGUCAGUCCAGAAGAGACUGGAGAAGAGAAGUCCGACUGUGAUUGAAGCGAAGGUCACUCAGAAGCGAGUGUGGGACGAGCUGGACGUGUGGCACUCGUGUCUGGCGGCGCUGGAGGUGGACAUGCAGGACCUGGACAAACCGGAGGAGGCUCUGUCCCUCACCGAGCGGCUGGUGGAGGUCCAGCAGCGUCACUCACAACUGGCCAAACAGGCCGAGCAGAGGACCACGCUCCUCAGCAAGACUCACACGUGGCUUCAGGAGCAUCGGGAGAUGAUCAGCAGCUCUAAGAGCUGGAUGUCUGAAGCUCAGUCGUGGCUCGCCGCGCCCUGCACCUACACCACGGCUAAAUGUCUGAGCAGCCAUGUUCACUCUCUGCAGACGGUGUUGGGCGACUCGGCACAGAUCCGUAAGACUCUGCAGGGCUUCAGCUCGGUGCUGCAGGAAAUGUCGCAGAUUUGUGACGUAACGACCCUCCAGCAGCAGCUGGUCGAAGCCGAUCGCCAAGUGGCCGAAGUUCAAGACAGCUUCACUGCUCCUCUGUCUCAGCUGGAGCACGCUGCUGCUGAGGUGGAGGCCAUUGAGAGCGAGGUCAAGCGGAUGGAGAACGAUGUGGCCGAGAUCAAGACUUUGUUAUCGUCUCCGGAGACUUUCCCCAGCCCCCGAGAGGAGAGUCUGAAGGAGGUCGAGCAGAAGAUCCAGUCCAUGAGGACGACAGUGGCUGAGAUCCAGAGGUGUAAACCAGGCCUCUGUCUUCCAGAGAAGGCUGACGAGACUCUGACUGUCUUCACUGUCGUGGACCAGCUCCAGAACCUGCUGCUGGAACUGGAGAAGAAGGUCCCUGCUCUGUUCAUCCAGCAGCCUCCGACUCCGGUCCAAGCCAAAGCUGUGUCGGUCGAGCAGACGACGACUCGCUCUCAGCUCCUGAAAUCCACUUCGGAGGAGGCAGAGAAGGAAGACACAGAAGAGGGACAGAUCAAAAUCGUCCACGUGGAAGAGGAUGUGCUGACGAGACUUGGAGCCACGCUGCAGACGGUGGAGCAGUCGUCCCCCGAGCAGAGACACAGUCCUCAGCGUGAGCAUCAUGGCGUGCUCCCGGCUGAGGAAGAGCGGAAAGACAGUGAGCAGCAGAGAGAGGAAGAAGGUGGAGGAGGUUUUUUCUGGUGGCUCUGGGAGGUUUUCGUGGGCGCUUCUCCAGAGGAACCUGCGGCCGUCGUCUCGGAGGAGACUGAAGCUGCCAGCGGACGAAGCAGCGAACAGACACAGGAGGAGACUCAGGAUGUUCAGGAAACCUCUGACCCAACAGAAGCAAGUUCAUCUGAAGCUUUAUCUAGACCUCUGGGCACAGUCUCGGCUGAGUCCCUGCCUGAGAGCAUGGUAAACACGCCCUCCACCGUUAAAGUUUCCAGAUCAGCCUCCGGGCCCCAACAGAGAUGUGUCCUCUCCUAAAUCUAGAAGUCUAGAGCUAGAACCUUUCUCUGCUUCUCCCUCUACGCCAAGAGCUGCUUCUAGAUUUGAGUGUAAAAUCUCCAAACCGUCCCCGUAAAACAGAUCUAUGCUUCAAAAUAGUCCUGAAGCUCGUCAGUCCUCUUCUAGAACCUUAGAACAAGUCUAGAGCUCCAUUUUCAUGAAACAGCUGUGGAGCCAUUUUCUCUUUCUUGAACCAAUUAUUUUCCUCCUCCAGUUUCUUCUAGAACAUAUUCUUGAUCUCCUAUUUCUCUCUGGGUCUAACUCUUCUAGAAAUAAAUUCUGAUUUCAAGACUUGAAGACUUUUCUAGAACAAGGCUUAAACUCACUUCUGUGUUUUUUUUGUCCUGCGAACUCAAAACUUCUAACCUCUAGAAAAAUUAGCGUAUUCAUUCUUUUUGAUCCGAGUCUAGAACACCUGACGUGUUCGAGCAUCGAACCUAGAACUUAGAAUUCUUCUAGAAAUGUCUCACUUCAAACGCCUCAGUGCAUUUACAUGGCAGAGAAUUCCAGAUAUGAGCGUCCACGCUUCAGAUCUGUGGAUGUCGGAGUUUCGGAUCAUUUAACAAUUUAAAAAUCUAAUUUGUGCCAAAGUUUCACGUGUUUACAUCAAAGAUUAACGAGCUCACACGUCCUCCAGAGUAAUUCUGCCGAUUCGGUAUCAGGUGGUUCAGCAUGACUCAGCACAUUAUUCACCACUAAGACAGAAGUGGUCGCCAUGGUGAUGGUUUCUCUUUUACGAAUAAAUGCAGACUGGUGAUAUU